AUCUUUUUUCUUUAAAAAAACUUACAAAAAUUCUCUCUCUUUCCCACUCCUUUGCCCCCCUCUCUAUAUAUACUCACUAGAAGCCAUCAUAUCUCUUCGCUCAUUUUCUCUGUUUUCUUCACAGCAAAGUACACCUCUCCCACUGCUCCCACUGCUCCCACUAAGCUUGUUUCUAACUCUUUCAACCCAUAGAAACCCAACACAUCUUUUUAAUUUUUCCUCUAAACUCUCAAUUUUCUCUCUUCUUUUCAGGCACAAAUUGAACUUGAAGCUAUGCCUUCGAGGCUCUCGGACGACUAUAGAGCCCACCCUGUGCACCCACAACAACUCAAACACCCUGACUUUACCUCACUCCAAGAACUACCAGAGUCGUACGCAUGGAAUCAACGCGAUGACGACUACCCUUCCGGUGACUCCUUCACCACUGAAUCUGUGCCAAGUAUCGAUCUUAAUGACCCUAAUGCUCUUCAAGGUAUUGGCCAUGCAUGCAAAACUUGGGGCGUUUUCCAAGUCACCAACCAUGGUAUCCCUGCUAGCCUCCUUGAUAUGGUGGAGUUCACUAGCCGAAACCUUUUCUCUUUACCUGUCCACCAAAAACUCAAAGCUGCUAGAUCACAUGAUGGUGUCUCCGGCUUUGGCUUUGCAAGGAUUUCCUCCUUCUUUUCUAAGCGUAUGUGGUCUGAGGGCUUCACUAUUGUUGGGUCACCCGAUGAGCAUUUUCGCCAACUUUGGCCCCAAAAUUACAGCAAGCACUGUGAUGUGAUUAAAGAAUACAAGAAAGAAAUGAAAAAGCUAGCAGGGAGAUUGAUGUGGUUGAUGCUGGGUUCCCUAGGCAUAGUAGCCAAGCAAGAUAUCAAAUGGGCUGGCACAAAAGGUGAAUUCAAAGAGUCUUCAGCAGCAUUACAGUUGAAUUACUACCCGGCUUGUCCGGACCCAGACAGGGCCAUGGGUCUAGCCGCUCACACGGACUCGACCCUCCUCACCAUCCUCUACCAAAGCAGCACCAGUGGGUUGCAGGUCCUAAAAGAGGGAGUUGGGUGGGUCACAGUUCCUCCAGUACCGGGCGGGCUUGUCAUCAACGUAGGGGAUCUUAUGCAUAUCCUAUCCAACGGGUCAUACCCGAGUGUUCUUCACAGGGCCAUAGUGAACCGCACCCAUCACCGGCUAUCGAUAGCCUAUUUAUAUGGUCCACCAACUAGUGUCAAAAUCUCACCCCAUCCGAAACUAGUAGGCCCAACUAACCCACCCCUCUACCGACCAGUUACUUGGAAUGAAUACCUUGACACCAAAGCAAAGCAUUUCAACAAGGCACUCUCAUCAGUUCGAGUUUGUGUUCCUCUAAAUGGAUUGGUUGAUGUAAACGAACACAAUAAUAGCGUAACAGUUGGCUAAAAGACAGUCAUUUUUGUUGUUAAUCUCCUUUUUGUUUUCUUUCUCUUAUAUUAUUCCUUCCCAUAUCUUGAUUGGUUUGAAUAUUUCAUCGGGACCCAAACAUUUUGGAGGAUAGUGUUGGUAGGGUUAAACUAAAGGGAAGAACAUUGAGGUUAGCUCCCAUGAAAAGGCCCAAGUGGAUAACUUAUAUCAAAUCACAUAUAGGGAUUCAGACAAAGGGUCUCUAUUCUGUCUUUUGUCCUUAUGCCGAAAGAGAUAGAGGGGAAAAUUCUUAUUUGAAUAUUCA